CCAGAGCCCCGCCUCUUCCGGUGCAUGACUGAUCAUGGCGCAGGGGCAGCGCAAGUUCCAGGCGCGGAAACCGGCGAAGAGCAAGACAGCUGCGGCAGCCUCGGAGCGGAACCGGGGCCCGAGGAAGGGCGGUCUCGUUAUCGCACCCAAGAAGGCACGCAUCGUGCAACAGCAAAAGCUGAAGAAGAACCUGGAGGUCGGGAUCCGUAAGAAGAUCGAACAUGAUGUGCUGAUGAAAGCCAGCACCAGUCUGCCCAAGAAGCUGGCCCUGUUGAAGGCCCCCACCAAAAAGAAGGCAGCAGCCCCUUCCUCCACCAAGACGCCUUCCUAAGGAUGCAGCCCAGCAGAGGCCAUCACCGCAACCCUCUCUGUGCUCAGACCUGUGCAGGGAGGAGGGAACGUGCUCCCCAGAGCCUUGGGUUGCGCCUCAAACUUUACUGGGGGCCUGGCCCGUGAGCAGGUGAUCAGCAGGUCAGAAGUGCACCGACUCGCUUCCCAGGGUGCCAAGGCCAAGCGCAGGCCAAGGCCAGGAGGAUGCCUUCACCAGCUUCCUGUGUCCCCCUCCCCCUCCCCACAUCCUGUCUCCACUGGUUUAACCCGGAGCAAUAAACCUGACUUUGUCAUUCC